AAAUUGCCAAGCCCUGAACAAGUUAAGGGUAAAAAAUAUUGUAAAUGGCAUAAUGCAUGGUCACAUUUGACUAACAACUGUUUGGUUUUUCGCCAUGUGUUACAGGAUGUCAUUGAAUCAGGACAAAUUACAUUCGAGGAUAAGAGGAAGAUGGCAGUGGAUGAAAAUCCUUUUCCACAGCCACUUGGAGUGAACAUGGUGAUGUCUGGUUUCAAAGACAAGUUUCCAAAAUUCAAGUUGGUUAUAGAUGAUAGAGAAGAAGAAGCUGGACCACAUCCCAGCAUCUUUGAACGUAUCAAAGGGAAGGAGCCUAAAAAGGACGAAGACGUCCUAUGUGCAAGAUGCAAAGAAAAAGUGAGUGCAAAUGCAGAGAAUCCAGGGAUAUGGCAGCAUCACCAUCGCCCUAAUAUUUUUCCAAACGCUCAGUCUGGUAGAGGGCGGGCAUCGCUAUUCAUACCAGAGAGCAUGAGUUUAUCAGGUGUCUUAAGAGAAUUUUUAGAGGUUAAAGGGGAUGGAAGUUGUUUGCAGAGGCAAAUAUAUGACGCCAUUGAAUUUCUACCUAGUUUACCAGCAUGGAUGAAUUCAGGGUCCAAUGUCAGCUAUGGCGGACCAUUGACCGUAGGGUGGACUGUUGACAUUUGA